CCGCUGACAGCUGGUGGUAUUUAUUUUUCGUUAUAGAUUUCCGCAGACAAGAAAAAAAAAAGAAAUUGCACCAAGAAAAACAGAGAUUCUUUUUUUUAAUUGGUAAAACAAAUAAAAACAAUCUCAUUCAAAGUGAUACAUUUUGUAUUCCAUUGUAAUUUAUGGAUGGGCGUAGCAUAAAUAGCGAUAUUAUGGGAGAUAAUGAGACGUCACCGAUAGCUUCGGCUCGGUCAAAUAUGUUCCAAACAUUUGGAUCUCUAUUUGGCAAUGGAGGUAAUGGUCCUAUACGUCGUCCAGCAACACCACAAUCUGCAGAUGGCUAUGUUGAAUUCGGCAUGACCGAUCCAGAGAGAAACGGACGAACUCUGGGAACAUUUGCUGGGGUAUUCUCACCUGUAGCUCUUUCUAUGUUCAGUGCUUUGGUGUUUAUACGUGUUGGUUUCAUUGUUGGCAAUGCAGGACUGUACGUGACCCUCCUUCAAUUUGUUAUCGCUUAUCUAAUUCUGCUAUUCACUGUGGCGUCUGUGUGUGCCAUUUCAACAAAUGGAGCCGUUGAAGGUGGAGGUGUAUACUUUAUGAUAAGUCGAACUCUUGGAUUAGAAUUUGGUGGUUCUAUUGGUACAUUAUUCUUUUUGGCAAAUGUUGUUGGCUGUGCUAUGGCUAUAGCUGGAUGCACGGAAGGAAUUAUGGAAAAUUUUGGUCCUGGUGGAUAUUUUACUAAGGGUAGUAACGGAUUACCUGACGGCCAGUGGUGGAGAUUUUUCUACUGCACCAUCAUCAAUACUUCUAUGUUAAUUGUUUGUUUAAUUGGAGCUGCAAUGUUUGCUAAAACAUCGGUUAUGAUCUUGGGAAUUGUAACUAUAUGUUUAUUUUCAACUUACAUAAGUUUCCUAACCAAAGGCAUGAUGGAGGUUCACAUUCCUGAAGAUAAUCAUUUGCUCAAUAAUUCAAAAGUCUUCAACUACACGGGCUUAUCGAUGGAAACCUUGAAGGGUAACUUGUACGAACACUAUGGACCUGAUUACACUUCUGAUGGGAAAACUGUAAACUUUGCCGUGACCUUUGGUGUUUUAUUCGCUGGUGUAACUGGCAUUAUGGCUGGAGCUAAUAUGUCUGGGGAGUUAAAGAGUCCUUCACGAAGUAUUCCCAUGGGCACGCUUUCAGCAGUAGCGUUUACUUUCGUUUGUUAUAUUGUUCUGUCUUUUCUAAUGGCACUUACCACCCCACACAAACUUCUAUGCAACAAUUACUUAUAUCUGAUGCCUGUCAAUUUCUGGCCUCCAUUCAUAGCCAUAGGAAUACUCACGGCGACAUUUUCAACGGGUUUAAGCAAUCAAAUCGGAUCGAGUCGUAUUCUAGAGGCUCUGGCAAAAGAUCAAGUGUUUGGCCCGGUUCUUAAUUUUGUGACUCGUGGAACAUGGAAGGGCAAUCCAGUUGCAGCUGUACUCACCAGCUGGGUGUUGGUGGAAGCGAUUCUUCUCAUAGGAUCCAUGAACAGCAUUGCUCAGAUUAACUCUGUUCUGUUUAUGUUGUCUUAUUUGUCGACGAAUUUAGCUUGCUUGGGAAUUGAGCUCACUGGUGCACCGAAUUUCCGUCCUCUCUUCAAAUAUUUCACCUGGCAUACGUGCUUGAUCGGGUUGUUGGGAACGUUGGUUAUGAUGUUCGUCAUAAAUCCAAUAUACGCCUCGUCCAGUAUUAUCUUGUGUCUGAUUCUUGUGAUUGCAUUGCAUAUCUUCUCGCCAGCAUCGCAAGGCACUCAAUGGGGAUCUAUAUCGCAGGCUUUGAUGUUCCAUCAAGUGAGGAAAUAUUUACUUAUGUUGGAUCCACGCAAGGAGCAUGUGAAAUUUUGGCGACCACAGAUGUUGCUCUUGGUGUCAAGUCCAAGAUCUUGUUGUCCACUUAUUGAUUUCGUAAACGAUAUGAAAAAGGGGGGUUUGUAUGUGAUUGGGCAUGUGAAGGUUGGAGAUUGCACAGCGAUCACGGAUCCAACCAUCGAAGAGAAUCAAAUGUGGCUUUCACUUCUGGAUCAUAUGAAGGUGAAAGCUUUCGCAGAAGUAACUCUGGCGAAUUCAAUAAGAGAAGGCGUUCAACACUUAAUCCGACUGUCGGGUAUUGGAGCUAUGAAACCGAACACCAUUAUAAUGGGAUUCUAUGAUUCACAAAUUCCUAAAGAUUUCUUUACACUUGAAAAUUCAUCCUACAAAACUAAGGAAUUCAACAAAGGUGAAUGUGAAGCUUUUCCUGUUCGUAAUUGCCGCGAAGAAAAACCCAUGACUACUCAGGAAUAUGUAGCAAUUAUCUGUGAUACAUUAAAAAUGAAAAAGAAUAUUUGUUUAUGCAGACACUUCCAUCAAUUGGAUAAGAAUUUCAUAUCAAAGAGCAAUCACAUCAAAUAUAUCGAUGUCUGGCCAAUUAAUGUCUUCGAUCCAAAUAGUGUGAAUCCAUUUGAUGUUGUAUCGUUGUUUAUGAUGCAAUUGGCUUGCAUUAUAAAUAUGUUACCCAAAUGGAAACGAUUGACACUUCGUGUUUUCUUAUGUGAAGCUAAUGGAACUGCAUCAAAUAUGAGCUCUUUUGAUACUCAAAUUCCACAAAUGGACGUGUUUCCGAAAAUGAAACUUCAACAAUCAUUGAAGAACUUAAGAAUUAAUGCUGAUAUAUUUGAGAUAGGAGAAUGGAGUAAAAAUACUGAUUUUGUUCGUCAUGCAUCUAUUCUCAAACAGUUUACAAACUGUGCCGAAUAUGAUAGUGAGCCAAUUACUGAAGAAAAUCUAAAUCGUUCUAAGUUGUAUAUGCAAAGAGUAAAUCAAAUUAUACGUGAAAGAUCAGAUCAGACAGCUGUGUCUUUUAUCUAUCUCGCUGCACCACCAAAUACUAAUGCACCUCACUGGCAAGAACGCAGUGAACGUUAUAUGGAAUUACUUUCCGAACUAACAGCAGAACUUCCUCCGACAAUUCUAGUGCAUGGCAUCAGCACUGUUACGUCGACAACUCUCUAAAAAUAACUAAAAACAAAUAAAUAUGUAUAUUUACUCAUAAGAUAAUUAUUAUCAAUAGAUUUAUAAGGACUUUAUCAACACAAAACUCACAACACCUACACAAAAGCUAUGAGCUACUAUUAUGUUUAUUAUUAUAUUAUUUUGACUUUGCACGUUUAUAAUUUAAUUAGUUAAAUCUAUAGGAGAAAACUAAAAUAACUUUUUCUUUUUUAUUUUGCAAUACAAAAUGUAUCAAAAGCAUUUAAACAAUGUGUAUUGAAUGAUAAUUAUUAAUAAAUUCGGAUAACUUAGUUAAAUAUUUAUAUAAAUAAACGAUGAUGUUUUAUGCACUUUUUGCCGAAUAACAUACCCAUAAAAGUUAUUUUCGUAUAACUCAUGUGAUUUGAUCAUAAACAGUAUUUUGUUGAACAUUUUUUUUCAAAAUUUAUUCUUAACUAAUAUGCUUAGAAAGUAUGAAAACGACAAACAAAAUAAAUUGUAAAAUUGUAAACAGUUUCUUGGAAUUGUUUGUUAUUAUAUUUUCUAUCAAGACAAAAUUUACUUUUGUAUUAUUUGUACACUUAUGUAUAACUGCAACUUGAAGUUCUCUUUAUUUUUUUAUAGAAUUGUAUACUAAACAAUAAAUAUUUUUUUGUUUGCAAAUAAACUAUCAUUCCGUGGAAGUACACUCAAA